CGUCGCAUGUGCGUGUCAGCGGCUGUAUUCGCAGUGCUGUGUUGUUGUCAUUGCCGUCGCUCUCCAAUUUGUGUGUCAACGGGAAAUUUGUUCAAAAUAGCUCCCCCCAUACAUAACGGCAUAUAUUUUUGGCGCGCAAUACAAAAAUAGCAAAAAGUGCAUUUUGGGUGAUUUCUCUGGCCAUUAUAGUCAGUGCGCGUGGAAAGAUUUAAGAUCAUUUUUAUAUAUACUAUACAAGUAUUGGGCUGAAAACACGCCUUCGCCUUACAACAUGACGCCCUUCAGCUCCACAGGCUGCAACCUGCUCCUCACGCUGCUGGCGUUCGCGCUGUGCUUCAAUGCAGCGGAUGCUGUGCUACGCUGCUGGCGCUGCUCCACGGACGUUUCCAAUGGAGAAUUCUGCAACGAUCCCUUCCAGCCGGAUAGCAUAUCGGAGCAGCAACGUUACUGGAGCUAUGUGAACUGUACCUAUUCGGUGGGCGUGAAAUCGGUGAACGCACGACCCGUGUGCAAGAAACUGGUGCAAGAAGUCUAUGGCAAGCGUGUGAUUUCCCGCUCCUGCUUCUACGAGGAUAUGGACGAUCCGGCCGACAAGUGCGCGAUGGACACGACCUCGUCCUACAUCAAGACCGUCUUCUGUCGCACGUGCACCAGCGAUGGCUGUAAUGGUGCCUCCAGCUAUGCGCCCCUCUCCGCCCUGCUCCUGCUGCUGCUGCCGCUAACUGCGAUGCUCGCGCCGUUAUGCAAAUGAGCUGCACGCUAUUUUCAGUGCGUUGGGGGCUAAACUUAAUUACUCGUAUAUAGAUGGAAAACUGAAUUUACAACUUAUGCGUUUAGUCUUGUCUUUUCGAUGAAUUUUUCACACAUAAUCGUAUCACAAAAUAUGCUUCAUUUCCCGCCUAGUUAAGUCGCGAAACUUUAACUUAUUGUAUUAUUUUUUAAAUUGUAAGCAGUGGCACCCACAAAUAUCAUAUUUAGUCACAAUGCCUUAAAGUGCAGCUGCACAACUUUUUGAUACAAAUAAACGCACAGAAGCGCACGAACACAGACAGCAGUAGGACUUGCGGGAAUGUGGUCGCCCCUGGAAUGAUGCUGAAAUCCUGUUUUCGAGAACUAAAAACUGGACUUCAAACUUGACUGUUGCUUAUCUAAGCUGUACUUCUAUCAAGCUGGCUUUGAAGAGAGAUUCAAGCUAAGGCGAAAUAAGAAAUUAAGAGAAUUCCGCAAACCACACGACUAUUUGCCAUAAAUAUGAUGCUACCUUUUCCUAGCAGUCUAACACGAAAAGGUCGUUUCAUUCAGUUUAGAGAGAGAUUUAAAAUAAAGAGAAGCAAUUUGUGAAGAGCCAUAUGAAA